AUGCUUUCCCAGGACGAGGCGGAGCGCCGCGGUCUGUUUUACGACAAGAUGGAGAUGAGCUACUUGUUUGAUUUGAACGAAGAUGCGGUGUUGGACGCGCUUCGCAGCGGCAACAAGAGCAAGUUCAUUAACCACCAGAGUGAGUCGCCCAACUGCACGGCAAAGGUGAUGAGUGUUUGUGGUGUGCACCACAUCACAAUCUGGGCUCUGCGUGACAUUGGUGUUGGCGAGGAGCUGGUUUUCGACUACGGCUACAAGCGAAGUGUCGGUCCAGAUUGUAGUCAUCGUCGGGCGGCAUCGAAGGAUUCCAGCUAA